UAGAUCUAUAUUUAUAGGGAGCAAAGCAUUGUGACAAGAUACUUGAAAUUACGUAAUAAGCAGUUAUCUAAAUGAUAUAAUGUCUACAUUUUUGUCAUCUUUAUCCGACUACAUAACAUUGCCUGUAUUAGUUGGUUUACUAAUAGGUGUUGUUUUGGUUAUAAUAAAAAUUUUACUAACUAAAAAGCCUGAAGAUGAUGAAUUUGUAUCAAAACAUGAAGAACUGCCUCCUAUGCCAAAAAGAGAUUUUACUGUUACAGAGCUCAGACAUUACAAUGGUAUCAAUGAUCCAAGAAUUUUAAUUGCUGUUAAUGGUAAAGUUUUUGAUGUCACAAGCGGUAAACAGAACUAUGGCCCAAAUGGUCCAUACAGUGUGUUUGCUGGGCGAGAUGCAAGUCGUGGUUUAGGAAUGUUUUCUAUUGACGCUUCAACUGUAAAAGAUGAUUAUGAUGAUUUGUCUGAUUUAAAUUCUAUGCAGAUGGACUCAGUUUUGGAGUGGGAAAUGCAGUUCCGAGAUAAGUACGCCUGCGUGGGAAAAUUAUUAAAACCCGGAGAAAAGCAUUGUAAUUAUAAAGCCGAAGAGUCAGAGGAUGAAGGCAAAACAGAAAGUGAAAAGAAAAGUGAUUAAUUUGAAAAAUGAUAUAAUGCAAAUGUGUUCACUAUCACUGUAUCCUUGUCAAUUGCAAAUACUUAAUAUAACUGACAUCUAUUUCUUUGAGAAUGUUCAUUAUAAUUUAUUUCAGUUUAA